AGCUUAAAAUUCUUUUUGACUGGAAAUUUUUUCAUUCCUAAAUUAAACUAAACAAAUUAUCAUCAUUAUUAUCAAAAAAUAGUAAUUAUCAAUUCCCAAUUUCAAAUUAAAAAAAUAAACAAUUCUGUUCAAAGCACAUUCAUCAUCAUUUUCUAAACUGAUUGAUCGAUCAAAGCACAUUCAUCAUCAUCAUCAUCAUCAUCAUCAUCAUCAUGUCUAUGUCCGAUUCUGAAUCCUCCUCCUCUUAUGGCGGUGCCGCCGAAUACCAAUAUUUCAAGCAAAUUACCCGCGACCGAUUAUUACGUGAAAUGCUCAGAUCAACAAAAACAGGGGAUUCUAAAUCAACUUUCAAGGUACUAAUAUUGGACAGACUUACUUUGAAGAUAAUGUCUCAUUCAUGCAGGAUGGCUGAUAUCACUGGCGAAGGUGUUACAUUGGUUGAAGACAUGUACAAACAGAGGCAGCCAUUUCCAACGUUGGAUGCUAUAUAUUUCCUCCAGCCAACCAGAGAGAAUAUAACUAUGUUUUUGUCAGACAUGGCUGGAAAGGCACCCUUAUACAGGAAGGCAUUUGUUUUCUUUAGCUCACCUAUUUCCAGAGAAUUAGUUGUGGACAUUAAGAAAGAUCCGAGGGUGUUGCCUCGAUUAGGUGCAUUGAGAGAGAUGAAUUUGGAGUAUUUUGCCAUAGAUAGCCAGGGUUUCAUCACAAAUAAUGAGAGGGCAUUGGAGGAUCUAUUUGGGGAUGAAGAGAAUAAUCAUAAAGGUGUUGCAUGUUUGAAUGUGAUGGCAACACGAAUCGCUACAGUUUUUGCUUCAUUAAGAGAAUUUCCUUCUAUUCGCUAUCGUGCUGCCAAGUCCCUAGAUGCAACCACAAUGACUACUUUCCGUGAUCUUAUUCCUACAAAGCUUGCUGCUGGAGUCUGGGACUGUCUUACAAAAUAUAAAAAAACCAUACCUAGUUUUCCUCAGACUGAGACCUGUGAGCUGCUCAUUAUUGACAGAACUAUUGAUCAGAUUGCUCCUGUAAUACAUGAGUGGACAUAUGAUGCCAUGUGCCAUGAUUUGCUGAACAUGGAGGGAAAUAAAUAUGUUCACGAAGUUCCUGGCAAGGCUGGAGGUCCUCCUGAGAGAAAAGAAGUUCUUUUGGAGGAUCAUGAUCCUCUAUGGCUCGAGCUUCGUCAUGCACAUAUUGCUGAUGCUAGUGAACGGCUGCAUUUGAAGAUGACUAGCUUCAUGUCAAAGAACAAAGCUGCACAAAUUCAACAUGGUUCAAGAAAUAGCGGUGAAAUGUCGACAAGGGACUUACAGAAGAUGGUUCAAGCACUUCCACAAUACAGCGAACAAAUUGACAAACUCUCCCUCCAUGUCGAGCUUGCAGGAAACAUUAACAGAAUCAUUAGGGAGUCAGGACUGCUUGAACAGGGCCAGCUGGAGCAAGAUCUUGUUUUUGGAGAUGCAACAAUGAAAGAUGUGAUCAAAUUUUUGACUAUGAAAGAAGAUACAACCCGUGAAAACAAAUUACGCUUGUUACUGAUUCUUGCAGCUGUUUAUCCUGAGAAAUUUGAUGGAGAAAAGGGUCUGAAUUUGAUGAAGGUAGCUCGAUUAACAGAUGAGGAUAUGAUUGUUGUGAAUAACUUAAGAAUGCUUGGGGGACAACCAGAUACCAAAAAACGUUCGACUGGUGCUUUCGGCCUGAAGUUUGAGAUCAAUAAGAAGAAGAAGCGUGCUGCAAGGAAAGAACGUCCUGAGGAAGAAGAGAAAUGGCAGCUAUCACGCUUUUAUCCCAUAAUAGAGGAACUCAUUGAAAAACUCACGAGAAAUCAACUGUCUAAGGAAGAUUAUCCAUGUCUGAAUGGUCCAAGUGCAACUUUCCACAGCUUAUCUUUUUCUGGGCCUUUACCUCAAAAUCCUCAAUCAAUGAGAUCAAGACGCUCGCCAUCUUGGGCACGACCGCGAGGCUCUGAUGAUGGGUACUCAAGUGAUUCGGUGCUUCGACAUUCUUCUAGUUCUAAUGAUUUGAGGAGGAUGGGGCGACGGAUAUUUGUAUUCAUUGUCGGUGGUAUUACCCGAUCGGAGCUAAGGGUUUGCCACAAGCUUACUAACAAGCUGAAUAGGGAAAUUAUUCUAGGUUCAUCUAGUCUUGAUGAUCCUGCACAAUUUAUCACGAAAUUGAAGAUGCUAACAACACAUGAACUGACAUUAGAUGAUAUCCAGAUAUGAUGUUACAGAAAUCAAAGAUGAGCUUCUACUUUCCUGUAAAAUAUUUGUUGUAAUUAUAUAGCUCAGUCAUAUUAUUGCAGUUCAUUUGAAUAUUCAACUCCUUGUGGUUCAAAUGAGUCACUUAUUACAAACUCUGCACGCUAAGAAAUCUUCAUUGUUUACUAA